AAAAUGUGUUCUCCAAAGAAAGGAGAGACGGCUGCGGACAAGGGGAGAAGUUCAUUGACUAUCUUAUUCAGAUAUGCGGAUGGGCUCGACGUUUUGCUCAUGCUGUUGGGCACAUUUGGGGCUAUCGGAGAUGGCAUGUCGACAAACUGCUUACUCAUAUACGUUAGCCGGCUUUUUAAUAGCUUGGGUUUCGGUAAGUCAUCGCCUGAGGACCAUGGGAAUUUCAUGGAUGAGGUUGUGAAGUGCAGUUUGUUCUAUGUGUACUUGGGGAUAGCAGUCACGGCAGUAGCAUUUAUGGAAGGCUACUGCUGGAGCAAAACGAGCGAGCGCCAGGUUCUAAAGAUCCGGUACAAGUACUUGGAGGCUGUACUUAGGCAAGAAGUUGGAUUCUUUGAUUCACAAGAAGCAACAACUUCAGAAAUCAUAAACAGCAUAUCCAAAGACACUUCUCUCAUACAAGAAGUCCUUAGUGAGAAGGUGCCAAUUUUUUUUAUGAACAUGUCAAUGUUCAUCACAGGGCUUGGAUUCUCAGCCUAUUUCUCCUGGAGAUUGUCCUUAGUGGCCUUUCCCACUGUCUUUCUCUUAAUCAUUCCUGGACUGAUAUACGGCAAAUACCUUCUUUAUUUAUCAAGAAAGAGCUUCAAGGAGUACGGCAAAGCAAAUUCCAUCGUCGGGCAGGCUCUCAGCUCAAUCAGGACUGUGUACUCAUUUACUGCUGAAAGGAGCAUAAUUGAGAAGUACUCAUCGAUAUUGGACCGAGCUAAGCAUCUUGGAAUUAAGCAAGGAAUUGCGAAAGGUCUUGCUAUUGGAAGUACGGGACUUUCUUUUGCUAUAUGGGCCUUGCUUGCUUGGUACGGGAGCCGUCUUGUCAUGUACAAAGGAGAGAGCGGAGGAAGGAUUUAUGCAGCCGGCGUUUCCUUUGUCUUGGGUGGACUAGCCCUGGGAGCGGCACUACCUGAAGUGAAAUAUUUCACGGAAGCUUCAGUUGCAGCCUCAAGAAUAUUUGACAGAAUCGACCGUAUUCCAGAGAUUGACGGUGAGGGCUCAAAGGGACUUGUGUUGGACAAGAUAAGAGGAGAACUUGAAUUUGAUCAUGUUAGGUUCACAUACCCCUCCCGCCCUGAUGCUAUCGUACUUAAGGACUUCAAUCUCAAGAUUGAAGCAGGAAAGACUGUGGCUCUUGUUGGUGCAAGUGGGAGUGGGAAGUCUACUGCAAUUGCAUUAGUACAACGAUUUUAUGAUGCGAAUGGAGGAACUGUGCGCAUUGAUGGUGUGGAUAUAAGAACUUUGCAGCUGAAAUGGCUGAGAGAGCAAAUGGGGCUGGUAAGCCAGGAACACGCACUUUUUGGGACGUCAGUUAAAGAAAAUAUCUUGUUCGGGAAACUUGAUGCAACGAUGGAUGAAGUAAUUGCUGCAGCCAUGGCUGCAAAUGCACAUAAUUUCAUUAGGCAACUUCCCGAUGGUUAUGAGACUAAGAUUGGAGAAAGAGGAGCACUUUUAUCAGGAGGGCAAAAGCAGCGGAUCGCAAUUGCUAGAGCCAUCUUAAGAAAUCCUGUGAUUCUUCUCCUUGAUGAAGCAACAAGUGCACUUGACUCUGAAUCAGAAACACUUGUUCAAAAUGCCCUGGAUCAAGCCUGCAUGGGCAGAACUACUUUGGUCGUCGCCCAUAAGCUCUCAACUAUCAGAAAUGCAGAUGUGAUUGCAGUAGUAAGUGGCGGUAGUAUAGUUGAGAUUGGUACUCACAAUGAUCUAAUUGACAUGAAUGGUCACUAUGCAAGAUUGGCUAAACUCCAAAGGCAAUUUAGUUCUGUGGAUCAAGAACAAAGUGUUGAAUCUCGCCUCUCUUCAGCAGCAAGAAGCAGCACAGGCAGAAAGAGUGCAGCCAGAUCCAGCCCUGCCUCUUUUGCUUCACCAUUGCCUGUCCAUACUACUCCAGAACCGCUAUCUUACCCUCCCCCAUCAUUUUCCAGGCUGCUUUCGUUAAACUCACCUGAAUGGAAACAGGGGGUAAUGGGGAGCCUUUCAGCUAUAGCUUUUGGCACUAUACAGCCUCUAUAUGCACUGACAAUAGGUAGCAUGAUUGCGGCAUUUUUUGUACCAAGUCAUGCAGAAAUGCAAGCUCGAAUCGAAAGAUAUGCUCUGAUUUUCAGCUCACUCUGUCUCGCCUCCAUUACCCUGAACGUCUGCCAACAUUACAAUUUUGCUUACAUGGGUGAGAGCCUGACAAGAAGAAUAAGACUGAAGAUGCUCGAGAAAAUCCUGACGUUUGAAGCAGCAUGGUUCGAUGAAGAGCAAAACUCAAGUGCAGCCUUAUGUUGUAGACUUAGCAGUGAAGCAUCCAUGGUCAAGUCACUUGUUGCUGACAGAGUUUCUCUAUUGAUUCAGACCACAUCAUCUGUAACAACUGCAAUGGUAAUUGGACUAAUCGUGGCCUGGAAGCUUGCUCUCGUGAUGAUCGCAGUCCAGCCUCUCACAAUUUUGUGCUUCUACACACGAAAAGUUUUACUCUCCACCAUCACAAGUAAUUUUGUCAAGGCACAGAAUCAAAGCACUCAGAUUGCUGCUGAGGCCGUCUACAACCACCGCAUUGUGACCUCAUUCGGAAGCAUUCCAAAGGUUCUUGAGAUUUUCGAUGAAGCUCAGGACGAGCCAAGGAAGGAGGCAAGAAAGAAGUCAUGGCUAGCAGGGGUGGGCAUAGGGUCAGCGCAAGGCCUAACUUUCAUGUGCUGGGCUCUGGAUUUCUGGUACGGAGGCACAUUAGUUAACAGAGGAGAAAUAUCAGCAGGAGAUGUGUUCAAGACUUUCUUUGUUUUGGUGAGCACAGGAAAGGUUAUUGCUGAAGCCGGGAGCAUGACUUCUGAUCUCGCUAAGGGCUCAGCUGCUCUUGCAUCUAUCUUUGAAAUUCUAGACAGGCAAUCACAAAUUCUUGGAUCUUACACCGCUGGGGACGACAAUGGAGGAAUGAAGCUAGAGAAGAUGACAGGCAGCAUAGAGAUGAAAAGGGUUGAUUUUGCAUAUCCGGGGAGGCCCGAAACACUUGUGCUACGUGAUUUUAGCCUGGAGGUGAAAGCAGGCACAAGCAUUGGACUCGUGGGAAAGAGCGGCUGGGGGAAGCAACCUGUAAUAGCCCCCCUGAUUCAGAGAUUUUACGACGUUGAUCGUGGUUCGGUUAAGGUUGGCGGGGUGGACAUAAGGUUACUGGACAUUCAGUGGUACCGGAAACACAUGGCACUUGUUAGCCAAGAGCCGGUCAUAUACUCGGGCAGCAUUCGCGACAACAUAAUGUUAGGAAAGCUAGGUGCCACAGAAAAUGAGGUGGUGGAGGCUGCCAGAGCAGCCAAUGCUCAUGAAUUUAUCUGUGGACUAAAGAACGGAUACGAUACAGAAUGUGGAGAGAGGGGAGUCCAGCUAUCAGGAGGUCAGAAACAGAGGAUUGCAAUAGCCAGAGCCAUCGUUCGGGACCCAACAAUACUAUUGCUGGAUGAAGCAACCAGCGCACUCGAUGUGCAGUCAGAGCAAGCCGUCCAGGAAGCACUGGACCGGAUAAUGGUGGGAAGAACCACGUUGGUGGUGGCACACCGGCUCAACACCAUCAAGAAUCUGGACUCCAUAGCUUUCGUUAUGGACGGGAAGGUGAUCGAGCGAGGGACCUAUAACCAGCUCAAGAAUAGGAGGGGUGCCUUCUUCAAUCUUGCUAGCCUUCAACUUCAAGGUGCAUAGCGGCCCGUGUAAAACUCUCUCUGCAGAAAUAUUCUAUGUAGCAAGUAGUUCUUCAUGGGAAGCUUAUAUUAGUAGCACAAGAUACCAAGGCUAAGGACGACAUAUAAAUGUAUUCUAAUGGUUUUGGAGCCUUGAGUUGAGAAUGACUAGUAAUAAGUAAUGGCAAUAACUGCAGGUUCUUGUUGGGAUGGUUCCUUUGGAUCCAUCGUAUUUUCGAUUACAAAUUCUACUCCGUAUUCUAUUUCGUUCUA